AUGGUCCCAUGGAUAGCCGCUGGUGUGGAGUCUCGAGGACCUCUGGGCGGCUACCACUGGUACACCAUGUUCAUGUUCGGCGAUUCGUUCGCGGACACCGGCAACCUCCCGAGAACGAACUGCAGGAGCUCCUUGUCGCGUCAAUGGCACUACCCCUACGGCACCUUCAAUGGAAGUCGAAGUGGCAAUCCGCUCGGCCGCUUCUCCAAUUACUUGGUUCAGCCCGAUAUCAUCGCGAGGAUGUUAGGGCGCCUCGUAGGCCCUCCGGCGUACAAGCGCAUGGUGAAGCACUACUGCGACCCGUCCGGCAUGAGCUUCGCCGUUGGCGGCUCGGGCGUGUACGAGGUCCCGGAAAAACUGACGACCCUCGCCCAGCAAAUCGACAACUUCGAGAGGCUGAUCAAGGAUCGAACCAUCUCCAAAUGGCACCUCGCCGACUCCGUGGCGCUCGUCGCCAUCUCUGGCAACGACUACUCGCACAUCAACUCCAGCGACGUCGACAACAUGAUCGCUCUCAUCAAGAAAGUGACGACGGAGAUCACGGAGAAUGUGCAGCGUCUGCAGAAGCUGGGCGUGAAGAAGAUCCUGGUGAACCAGCUGCACCCCGUCGGCUGCACGCCGUGGCUGACCAGGCCGACCAACUACACCGUCUGCGACUCCCGGGCCAACAUGGGCGUGGACCUCCACAACGGUCACCUGAGCAUAAAUUUGCGCAAGACCAUGAACGUCCAUAUCCUCGACCUCGCCACCGCCUUCUCCAACAUCGUCAACCCAGCCCCCGGUAAAGGCUCGAGGCUGGCCAAGAGGUUCGAGCACAAGCUGACGCCUUGCUGCGAGAGCUUUGAUCCCGAGGGGUACUGCGGGCAGCUGAGUAAGAACUCGAAGAGGCUUUACACCGUGUGCAAGAACCCCGACCAGUACUUCUACUGGGACAGCGUCCACCCUACGCAGGCCGGCUGGGAGGCCAUCUUAAAAAUAAAAGCAACCAAGCCCUUUCCCCUCGCCCCACGGACAGGGUUGACCGGCGUCGCGGUCACGGCCGUCCUCAUCCUCUCCGUUCCGUCAGCCGCCGCAUCCCGCCUCGUCGGCAUCCUGCAACCCCGGCUCGACGAGGAGGACCGUGAGGACGUCCGGGUGCCCGCGCUGUCGUCGUCCGGCGCCCUGACCCUGCCGGCUGUCGGGAUGCCGUGGCGGGGAGCGUGA